AUGGCACCCGCAGCUGACGGAGUCAACGUUAAACCCGUGUCAGAACGGGCCGUCCACGCAUUGCCAGCCGCUCCGAAGAACGUCUUCGUGCACAAGCAAGACAAAGCAUCCUCUAUGGUCCAUGCCUGGACCAACUACUAUGAGCUCCCCGUUGAGUACACUGUCGAGAUCCACAAGGACAUCCUCUCACCAAAAAAUACUGCCCUCGCCACUCGUUUCAUGCCCGCAGGCCUCAAACGUCGUUUCUGUGUCAUCGAUGAAACCGUCCAUACCCUCUACGCUCCCAAACUCCGAGACUAUUUUGCCGCCCACAACGUCGAACUCAAAAUCGUUCUCAUUAAGGGAGAAGAGGAAAACAAGCUCUUUGCUGCCGUCGAGAAGAUUUUCAACGCUAUGUCAGAGUUUGGUCUCUUGCGUCGAGAGCCAGUCGUCGCUAUUGGUGGCGGAUGUGUUCUGGAUAUCGUCGGUUUUACGGCAAGCUGCUAUAGGAGAGGCGUUCCGUACAUCCGUGUGCCCACCACGUUGCUCGCUAUUGUUGAUGCUAGCGUCGGCGUGAAAUGUGGCGUCGAUUGGGUUCAUCCCACCAUGGGCGGUCUUAAGAAUCGCAUGGGCAGCUUUUACCCUCCGUGUGCUGCUUUUCUAGACAAGGGCUUCAUCGCUACACAAGAUGAGAGAAAUCUCAUCAAUGGAAUGGGUGAGAUCAUGAAGCUUGCUCUUGUGCGAAGUAAAGAGCUCUUUUCGUUACUUGAAGUCCAUGGCAAACGUCUUGUGCAGCAGCGUUUUCAGACCGAUGAUUUCGUACCAGAUCGCGUUAUUGAGCUCUCAAUACAGAUCAUGCUCGAGGAACUCGGCCCCAACCUCUGGGAGCACCGUCUAGAACGAUGUGUCGACUACGGACAUACUUUCAGUAAGAUUCUUGAGAUGACUGCCUCCCCGCCUGUCAUGCAUGGAGAGGCCGUCAAUAUUGAUGGUUUUAUUUGUAUAAUCCUUUCCCAUCGCAAAGGCUGGAUCUCUACCGAGACGCGUAAUCGAGUCUUUGCCGCUAUGCGAAAUAUUGGAUUACCGACCUGGAAUUCUGCCUGUACCAUAAAACUAUUGUCGCAAGCCGUAACCGAUGGCAUCGAACAUAGACACGGAAAACUUAGAAUGCCGCUAGUGAGAGGCAAUAUUGGCCAAUCUGGUUUUAUCAACGAAUGCACCGAAGAUCAACUCCAGGAUGCCAUCUCCCAAAUUUUGGAGAUGCAUCAUGGGGCCCGUGUCAAAGAUGGCAACGUGUAGCACAGGAUCUUCAGUUAACGAAUACGGCAGGGAGUCAGGGAAGAGACAAGCACCGAUGGUUGGCAAAAUGCGCAAAGAAUAACACCUUGAAAAUACUUGAGAGCCCUAUGCACCCUGCUCACCAACCUAUGUAGGGUGUGAGAUCAAUGUAGUUCUAUAUACAUAAUUCCAUAUCAAUGUGGACUGGUUUGGAUUCAUCUUCCUAUUGUAUGUAGACGGUAGCGGUAGCCGUCACAUCGAUUAUUCAUAAAUACUGUAUCAUGGUAAACAGAAGUAGUUACCCUUGAAGCAGAGGUCACAGCAUUAAAUACUGCAUCUCGAAGCAAUAUGGUACAUAUAAAAGUUUCUCUCACGUUCAACAAA